AUGAACUUUUCAAGCUUUUCUUCAAGUCCUUCAGUGGUUACCGAGGCGCAAACAGUUAGUUGCGUUAAAACAUUUGUUUUACCGGAUAAAUGUUUUGACAAACGUAUAGGUUGUGCUUGGAGACGUGGAAAUCAAUUUGGUAUAUAUCCUCGAAGCCAAAAUGUAAACAAAACGACAUCAGAUACAGCGGCCAAAUCUAACGAUAAAAUUUUAAACAUUCGUCAAAAUAUUGUACUUUUUACGCCAAUUUUACGUAAAUUAGUCAACGAAGCAAACGGAACUUUUUUAUCACUACAAAAGCUUGUCGAAAUUUCGAAAAGUUCAGACAACCAGGUCGAGUUUUUAAAGCUUUCCCGCCAAUAUCGUUCCAUCAUCCGAGUAUGCAUAGAAAGCCUGCAAGAAGCUGCGGAAAAGGAGACAGACGGUCUAGAGAAGAAUACACUUCUUUCGUACAUAACAAUAUUUUAUUCUAUCGAAUGCAUUUGGCAUCUAUGCGAAAUAUUGUAUAUCGACAUAAUUCCUGGAGAAGUAGUAUUGCCGUUCUUGUUAGAAUGGGUGCGUUUUCAUUUCCCAUGUCACGAGCAGACUGCUGCUCAGCUACUUGAAGCAUGUGAACGAGGGUCUGAAGACCAUCCGGAGUAUUGGGACACCGUUAUCGGUAUGGUGGUGCAAGGACGUAUUGACGUGGUACGAUCAUUACUUAAACUACAUUCCAAUGCUGAUAGUAACGAGUUCAAACUUGUUGACAACUCUUUAAGGAGUAUGCCUGUUUACAAUGUAUAUGGAGGCAUAUCAACGGGGGAGUUCACAAUAUCAUGGAAGCAUUGGCAAGCAGAGUGUCGUUCAAAACUGAGCAGUGGACUAUUGGCACAGAACGACCAGCUUGAACUUAUCAUGAGGUUAAUGACGGGUGAUUACUCGGCGUUCGAAUCGAUCAGAGCGAAGUACAGCUCGUGGUACGACAUCCUAGGCGGCUGGGUUCUGUUCACGGCGCCCUGGGCCAGGCGGCGGGAGCUGGGCGCGGCGGGGGCGGCGUGCGCGGGACUCGGUGGGGCGGGGGGGUCGCGGCUGGACCUCACCGUGCGCGCCUUGUUGGAGGGGGACCUGCACCAGGUUAUCCACGAAAUUCAGCAAAUAUCAGACAACGGUUGGUUUGCAUCACAUUUAACAGACAUACUUUACCACUCCGGGAAGUUGCAGAUCCUGGAGCAUCAGACUGAUGUCACAAGUCAUCUCCGUGACAGCCUCAUCCUAGAAUACGGCUCAUUGUUAAUGGAGCACAAAUCGCUUUGGUCUGUCGGUCUUUCAUACCUGGCUUCCUGUCCCCCUGAAGGAUUAAAAAGGGCAGAGCUGCUACUGGAACGAUUACCAAUAGAUACGGAGGCAAAAGCUAUGAGAGUGGUUGCUCAAGCUAAGAAAUAUGGAUUAGUUGAUGUUGCGCAGAACGUGUCGGCAGCGAUGGGCGCGCGGCGGCUGUGCGCGGGCGGGGCGGGCGGCGUGGGCGCGGCGCUGGCGUGGGGCGGGCGGGCGCGCUGCGGGCCGCUGUGCGCGCGCGCGGCGCACGCGGCGCUGCGGGCCUACUGCGGCGCGCGCCCGCUGCCCGCCGCCGACCUGCUGCUGUCGGCCGGCGCCGCGCUGCUGGUGGACGACACGCUGCUGCUGCUCGGUAAAUACUGUGAUUUCCAUAGACUGUACAAGAAUAGAGAAUUCAGGAAGGCUGCAAAACUCCUCAUUUCCUUGAUAACUUCAAAUAUUGCGCCUGAAUAUUUCUGGCCGACGCUCCUCUUGGACACGCUACCUCUCCUAGAAACCGACGAACCAGUAUUAUCAGCAGAUGACACAUACGAGAUAAUGCUGUGUCUAGAAUUGAGAUCGGCUUGCCUUAGUACUGAAAAGGCAGAUUUACUCCGUCUAGCUUUAGCGAGAAACUUAGCAAGGACAGCGCUUAUUGAUGUAGAAGAUUAACAUUUGAUAAUUUGGCGGUUCAUAUCUACAUAAUGAGGCAGUUUGUUGAGAGGCUGAUCGAAGCCUUCGCCUGCCUUACAUGCCUUCAACAUCUUUAAGAUCAAUAGUGUUCCAAAAACAUGAAGUCAUAAAAAAAAUUGACUAAUAAGACUAAGUAAACAUGUUAUUGAGUUUGAAAUAUAAAUAAUUAUCAUAUAACAUACAGACCCCCCAGACUUGGGCAUUAAUCAAACCCACAACCCCCGGAGCAGAAAGCACUACAAAUUGCGCCAACGGGGUAGUCUAAGUGGAUGCUAAGACGCUAGAGGGCAAAGAAGUACUUGCUAAAUAAAUAUAUUGUUUUAAAAUUAAAUCAAAAUUAAAAUAAAAGAUAGUUCGUUCUACUGAAUUGAGUUUAUGGUUGUCUAAAUAGUUAAUUUAAUAUGUUUGUGUUUGUUAAAUUUUUUUUAUUGCUAAUGAAAGAAACGGCUGGGAAAGAAUUUUCAUUAGAAUUUGGUAUAGCGAAUUUGUGAUUGCAGCAUGGUAUACUCAGAAUUUUGUAAAGGUGGAGCAAAAAUGAAUGUAAAACUCGAUAAGUAGUCGAAAAUUAAAUAUCUUUAUUUAGUUUCGCUGUCUCACUACUUCAAUAAUAAUUUCCGGAAGUUCUGGCUAAAUCUACCUAAAAUUUCCUUAUUAACAUGUAAAAUAUCAAUUAUUUUAUCUUCGAAUCAGGGUGGGGUAAAUGCCCCACGUAGCCCCAACGUGCGUACGCCAUAAUAAAUUACAGUUUUGUUUAAUGGUGGGGUAAAUGCCCCACGUUGCCCCAACGUGCGUACGCCAUAAUAAAUUACAGUUUUGUUUAAUGGUGGGGUAAAUGCCCCACGUUGCCCCAACGUGCGUACACCAUAAUAAAUUACAGUUUUGUUUAAUGGUGGGGUAAAUGCCCCACGUUGCCCCAACGUGCGUACGCCAUAAUAAAUUGCAGUUAUGUUUAAUGUAUCGAGGUUCCUUGAAUGUAUUGAAAUAUUGUAUAAGUCUGACUGUGACUGUUGUAAAUGUAAAUGGGGAUUUUUUUAAACUUUUACUUAAACAAAACUUACAUUUGUAUUAAAUAAAA